AUGGUCGUUAAAGGUAUCACAGGUCGCUAUUCAAUUGCUAGAAAUGGUGUUACUGAUUCAUUUAUUUUCCCAUGUAAGAAAAUAAGCAUUCAAUACUGUAAUUGGGGUGGAUCAUCACAGGGUAUAAGGAAUUUUUUGGUAUCUGAAAGACUAAAUGAUUUAGCUAAAAGAUAUAAACAUAUAGAAUUUGAAAUUGUUAAGAAGUCUGGCCACCCUGUUAUAACUGGUUGGUAUACAAACGGUAGAAAUAAACCAAUCUGUGUGAGAAAUUUGGAACCCAAUGAAAUUGAUAAGAAAUUAAAAUUAUUGAUCGAUUCAAGUGGCGACAUUUUACGUAGAUGGACAAAGAAUGAUAAUAUUAGAUCUUUGAAUAAAAGUGUCAGAGGCAUAUGGUCGCCAUUUCAUGCACACGAUACUCCAAAAGUCUGA